AAGAGUGUGUGGUGAUGACCAGGCCACCAUAGCAAUAGCAACUAUAAAAACUUCCAUUGUUUUUAAAAAAAUGCCUCGUUGCUUCCGAUUCCCUCCUUUCCUUUCUCUAUCUACUCUCUACUAACCAACCUUGUCGCUUAUGCUCAAUAGUCCAUUUGACCAACCAACACCGCACCGGCACCAGCUUCUUCAUACAAGCAACUUUUCUACGUCCUUUAUUCUCCUUUUUUGGCUCUGUCUAAAAGAAAGUGCAUCCCCUUUCUUUUUUGUUCCUAACCUCCCUAAACCUCUUUUACCAUAUUGGGGUUCUCAGCUUUUCACUUUAGUUUAUCCGAACAAUGCAAGUCUGCUGUGAUCUUGAAGUGGAUGUCAACGGUGAAGAGGUUUUUAUGGUAGACAAGAAAACUCUUGCAUCAUUCUCUAAAAGAUUCGGCGGCUUGUUUGGUAAUUCGAUGGAUAAUAGCGGUAAACUGAAAGUUGUAUUUCAUGACUUUCCUGGGGGAGCUGUGGGAUUUGAGCUCAUAGCAAGGUUUUGCUAUAACAACGGGAGAACCCAGAUAACUCCUGCCAGUGUAGUCUUACUAAAUUGCGCUGCACAGUUUAUGGAGAUGGAGAGUGAUGGCCACAGGCCAAGCUUGUUGAACCAAACCAAAAAGUCUCUAGAUGGCAUCAGCUUCUGGUCCUGGUCUGAGCUCCUUGUAGCUUUGAAAGAGUGCCAAGAUUUGCUGCUUUCUCCCUCAAAACCUUCUCUAAUACUUGAUAAAGUCCUCGAUUGUGUUGUAGGAAGGCUUGUCUCUCCUAUUGUUGCCAGUCCAUACACAUCUUCCUCUGAGAACUCAAGUUUCCAAUGCUCAUGUGAUACAACGAGCAGCUAUAGUACCAGAAACAAUUCCUCUCAAGUAUCUUGGUGGUUUGAGGAUCUUCUGUUUUUGAAUAUUGAUUUGAUUGAUAAGGUAAUCAAAUUGAUGAUAUGCCAACAUUUUGAUCAUGCUACAAUAACUAAGUUCCUCUUCUGUUAUCAAAGAUCAAGAUUUGUUACUGCCACCCCAACUGAGAAGUGCAGAAUCAUGGAGGUCAUAAUCAAUUUGCUUUCAUUGCUUGAUAGGAACUCCCUUUCUUGCAAGCACUUGUUCGAUAUGUUUCGAGUGGCUUCAAGUUUGGAAAAUAUUAGCAGGCAUUGCAAAUCCGUUUUGGAUACUCUUAUUGGUUCACAACUGGAUCAAGCAACCAUAGAUUUUCUGCUUGUUCCACCACCACGAAAGAAACAUUACAUGUAUGAUAUGAACCUGGUUCUGAGGCUGGUAAAUGCAUUUCAGAAUGAACUGAAUUGUUGCUCAUCCCUGGUUCGAUUACGAAAAGUUGCUAGCUUACUUGACUCAUACCUUGUGGAAGUCUCAGCAGAUUCCUAUCUGACCCCUUCAAAGUUUGCAGCAUUAGUCCUCCUGCUGCCAGAUUCUGCAAGAGAAUCCCAUGAUAGCCUUUUUCAAGCCAUAGACAUUUAUCUACAGGUUCAUGGAGAAAUAUGUGAAGCAGAGAAAAUGAGAAUCUGCAGUGCACUUAACUAUGCAAAGCUCUCCACAGAUGCAUUGAGACACUUGGCUCGGAACUCAAAAUUUCCAUCAAGAAUAGCUAUACAAGGUUUCAUUAAUCAGCAGUCCAAGCUUGAAAACUUAUUUGAGGGCCAAAAGCACAUUGACACCUUCAGUGGUUCCAUCUCUAUCGAGGAAAGCAUCAAAGAGAACGAGAACUCUGAUCAAGUCCUUGUGUAUGCAAAACGAGUCAACGUUCCAGGGAAAGCCGAGCUACUUGAGGUACAGCUGCCAGGAAUGCAAUUCAGGGUAACAGAACUGGAUAAGUUCUCUGGAACAAUCCAUACUCAAAUAGGAAAUAUCCCAAGAACAAGAUUAUCCAGCCUUGGUAAUAAUGCUAGAUUCUUACCAAAACUCUGUUCUUGAAACACAUCCUUGCCUUCAAAGUUCUUUUUUUUUUUUUUUUAAAUAGUUUGCCCCUACAUUGUCUUUGAAAAUAGUUGUACAUUCUAAAGCCAAUCAAUGUAAAUGCAAAUUGUUUUUGUUUCAAAUGUUGUAAAGAGUGGGUUGAUAGCGAAUAUUCAAUACAUUGGGAUAUCUCCUCCGGUUUUACUUCAUUCUGUAAGAACUAUAAAAGCAAAUUUGAUCAUCUCCUAUUAGUUUCAUUCUCAAA